UGACCUGGAGAGGCGGAGACUGGAUGCUUGGAUGGAUGGAUGGAUGUAUAGACGGGUGGAUGCGUGUGACAGCAGCCUCAAACACGCUGGACCAAGCUCAACGUUCAGCACGCGCCUUGUGAGCAGUCGGUCAGUGCGACAGUGAUGUUCAGAAAGCCACAGCAGCGGCAGAGUCCCGGAGGGAGAGCGGCGCUGGAUGAGGAGGUCACUCUGUUAUCAGAUCAAUAGCUACAAGGACAUAACAUCGAUGCCGAGGGGUCAGAAAACGGCUGUGAAUCUGCUGCUGCUGCUGAUCUAAGCGUCUGGGUAAAGCUUUAGACACGUUACGUUAAGAGUUCUGCACAUGCUCAGUGUGGCCCCCGCUGUGUAUUUUAGUCCCAGCAGACCCUUCCGUCCUUCAGGAGUAUGCCCUCUGAGCCCCCUCCCAGCCCACAGGCCAUGUUGACAGGUCAGAGACUGUGUCAGUCCAAAUCCCACCAGCACUCCGUCCUGGCAGCUCUGAACCAGCAGCGGAUGGAUGGCCUGCUGUGUGAUGUCACGCUGGUGGCUGGAGAGCAGAAGUUUCACGCGCACAGAGCUGUGCUGGCAGCCUGCAGCGACUACUUCAGGGCCAUGUUCAGUUUGUGUAUGGCAGAGAGUGAGGCAGAUGAGGUCACUCUCCAGGGAGUAUCAGGUGUUGGACUAAAACAUGCACUGGACUUUGCUUAUACAGGACAGAUUCUGUUAGAUCCUGGGGUUAUUCAGGAUGUUUUAUCUGCUGGGAGUCACCUGCAGCUUCUGGAGCUUCUUACACUCUGCUCACAGUAUUUGAUACAGGAGUUGAGCAGUGUGAAUUAUCUGGAGCUGUACCGGUUGGCUGAUCUGUUCCACCUGCCUGUGCUGGAGGAGGCUGUGAUUGGUUACCUGGUGCAGCACCUAGCAGAACUGGAGGAGGCGGAGCUCCUUCUGCUGCCACUCCGCCUCCUGCGGGAGGUGCUAAAGAGCGACCAGCUCACAUCUCUCACAGAAGAGGAGAUAUGGCAGUUGAUGUUGCGUUGGUUGGAGCAUGGCUGCAGGCUUCAUCAUUCUGAGGAGCUUUUACAGCACGUUCGUUUUGGCCUGAUGGAUUUGUCCACCCUGCAGCGUGUGUCCUGCAGCCUGCCCCUGUUACGGUCCUGCCCCACUGCUGCCGCUCUGCUGGAGGAGGCACUGGACUAUCAGCGUUGCCCCUUUGCCCAGCCACUGCAGCAGACUCCCCGGACCACCCCCCGCUACCGGUCCCUCACACUCUACAUCACCGGUGGGCGCAAACGCGAGGUCAGCCGUGUCAGAGAGUUGCGCUUUUUUAACCCCGCCCCUCAGGAACAUCUGCGGCAGGUGGGGGGUGGAGCCAACUGGAGCGAGCUGGCGCCGAUGCCGGCAGGGCGGAGCCACCACUGUGUGGCAGUGAUGGGUAACUUCCUCUUCGUGGCAGGUGGCGAAGUGGAGCACGUCAACGGCCGUACAUGUGCCGUGCGGAGUGUGUGCCGUUACGACCCUCGGGCAAACCGCUGGACAGACGUGGCGCCUAUGAAGGCAUGCCGUGAGCACUUUGUGCUAGCCGCCCUGGGGCAGUUCCUUUACGCAGUGGGGGGCAGGAAUGAGCUGAGGCAGGUGCUGCCCAGUGUGGAACGCUACUGCCCCCGCAGGAACAAAUGGAGCUACGUCCAGUCAUUUGAUCGGUCACUCUCCUGCCACGCUGGAUGUGUGGCAGACGACCUGUUGUGGAUAUCAGGUGGCGUCACAAACACAGCACAGUACCAGAACAGACUGAUGGUGUAUGACCCAGAACAGGUAAACAGUGGAAAGAAUCAGUGGUUGGUGCGCAGCCCCAUGCUGCAGCGGAGGGUGUAUCAUGUGAUGGCGGCGGUGCGGAGACAGCUGUAUGUGCUGGGAGGAAAUGAUCUGGACUUCAAUAAUGACCGCAUCCUCGUUCGGCAUAUAGAUUCCUAUAGUAUAGACAUGGACCAGUGGACACGCUGCACCUUCAGCUUACUGACCGGCCAAAAUGAGGCUGGUGUGGCUGUCCAUGACGAUAGGAUAUAUGUGGUUGGUGGAUAUUCAAUUUGGACUAAUGAACCCUUGGCCUGCAUUCAGGUGCUGGACGUGAGCACUAAAGGAAAAGAGGAAGUGUUUUAUGGGCCAACUCUUCCUUUCGCCUCUAACGGAAUUGCAACAUGCUUCUUACCUGCCCCGUAUUUCACCUGCCCCAACCUGCAGACUCUACAGAUGCCCCACCACCGUAUAGGAACGCUCUAAUGUGCUUCAGACUCAGACUACAUACAGACAAAACCCACAGAACAUGAAUGCAAUUCAACAUGAAAUAGACUCUUAUGAACUUUUGGAGUUGCACUUGAUCCAGUUUAAAACACGAUGCGCAAACUGACCUGAUUGGAGGAUUAACUGGUUCGAAAUGUUGGUACUGAUAGAUUGUUAAUGGAGGGAACCUGAGCACACAGAUGUGAUAAUCAGCAUGUAGUCUGUCAUUAUUUAACAAACCUUUGUGUCCAUUUAAAGGAUGUACCCCAGAUGUAGUCGAUCAGCUGAGACAUGUCUGGAGUCCAAAUUUUACUUCUUUAGUUUAGAGCUGAAACAGUGAGGCUAACAUUGCAAAUACACGCUAGAACUCAAGUCACCCAACUGCUUCUGUAAAAUACAUCACCAUGCAUCUUACUGCCUGCUCAAACUGCAUUCAGGUUUUUAUUAAGACUAAGCGCAGCCACUUUAGAUGUCUGUAUUCACAAACCACCACUCAGAAAUAUUUGUGCUGACUUAGAAUCCGUAUUUGUGACAACGAACAUCAUAAACACAGAGAAAUCUGAUCCAAAAAUCAGCCCUGCUUUGUUUACAGACCUGGUGUUUUUGAAAUGGGUGCAUGUAGCAGUUUUAGAAGUCUUAAUUUUUACAGCUCACAGUAACUACAUCAACAGGUCUGUGCAACAAUAAAUUGCAACAAUAACAAGAUUUGGAUGUGGUUUGAGCAGAGGGAGAGAACUUUUAUUGGUUGGAUAGUGCAGUGGGUAACACCUCUGCCUUCUACACUGUAGACUAGGGUUCAAUCCCCUGCUUGGACAAGCACCCGACACUAUACCAAUGAGAGUCCUUGGGCAAGACUCUUAACACCACCUUCG